AUGCUGCCCCCUCCCGUCCUGGAGCCCACCCACUCCCAGGGCUUCAGUGCUCACCUCGCCCUGAGGGCCUCCAAUAUGUGUGUCCACAGCCCAGGCCCUGUGGCCGGCUUCGCAGUGGUCAGGUUCUCCCCCCGGGCAUCAGCCAAGACCCGAGCCCAGUCAGUGUCCACCUACGUGCACCUGGAGGUACUGCCAUCAGCCCAGGACCCCAAACUGGAAAGUGCCCAAGGCUGGCGCACGUGCAGCGCUGACCUCGGCCUCUGUCACCUCCGCGUCUCGUGUUGCCAUCAGCCCGAGGCUGGCGCACGUGCAGCGCUGACCUCGGCCUCUGUCACCUCCGCGUCUCAUGCUGCCAUCAGCCCGAGGCUGGCCCAUGUGCAGCACUGA